AUGGUCAAUCUUACACUUUAUACCGUCAAGGCUGUAGUGAUGCUCGAUAGCGAGGGCGGUCGCGUUCUUGCAAAGUACUUUGGCGCAGACUAUACUUCGCCCAAAGACCAAAAGGCGUUCGAGAAGGGUCUUUAUGAUAAGACGAAGCGUGCACCUCAUGGCGAAAUCCUGCUCUUUGAUAACCAGGUCGUCCUUUACCGAUUCCACGAGGAUGUCUUCUUUUAUAUUGUCGGCAUGCCCGAAGAGAACGAGGCUAUGCUCUUGGUCAUCUUGAAUGCCUUCUCAGAUGCAGUCUCGAUGCUGUUGAGACAUCAAAUUUCAAAGCGUGUCAUCCUGGAAAACUUGGAUCUCGUCGUCUUGGCGUUGGAUGAAACAAUUGACGAAGGCAUCGUUCUGGAGACGGAUUCAUCGGCUAUUGUGGCUAGGGUGUCAAAACCAAGGGAGAACUUGUCGGAUGUGCCAUUGUCAGAGCAGACCUUGAUUCAGGCCUACCAGACUGCCAAGGAGAAGUUUGGAACAGCACUGCUGAAAUAG